AUGCUCAAACCGAGCAGUGAGGAGGAUGGCACGAUCGAGCUGAACUUUCGGUUGCUCGAGCGGAUGCUACGGUUCAUUGCCGUGUGGCCGACCGACUACAACCCGUACCUGCCGCGGGUCCUGCGCGGACGGUACCUGCACCUGUCGCGCACCCUGGACGCCCUGUACCAACUGUUCUGGUGCUUCAUCUGCGUGCACAUCGCGGCGUUCCACCUGAUCACGACCGUCACCACGAGCCUGAGCUACGACGAGCUGUUCCUGGCGCUGAUCACCACCAGCAUCUACUCGAUCCUGGUCCCCCUGUACGUGUACCUGCGGCUGUACGAGCCGAAGGUGCGCCGCCUGUACCACUACUCGCGGCGUUACUUCCGCAAACGGUCCGCGAUCGGGGUGUACUAUCUGUCGAUUAGUUCCUGCUAUCGCUUUGCCAACCGGUGCCUCUUCUGGUGGAUGAUACUCUGCAUGCUCGGCGCCAUGCACUGGGCCAUCUAUCCGAUCCUGUCGCAGCAACGGACGCUACCGUUUCCCUGCUGGUACCCGGUCGAUGUCCACCGCUCGCCGAUGUACGAGCUGGCGUACAUCUGCCAGGUCCUGGGGCAGCUACAGGUUAGCCUGGUGUUCGGGCUGGCCGGAGCCCUCUUCAUGGUGUUCGUGUUUGUGGCGUGCAAUCAGUUCGACCUGCUGUGCUGCAGUCUGCUGAACGUACGCCAAACGGCCAUGCUGCUGAACGGUGGCCACGGAGCCGAACUACGGAACGCUCAGCGGCGGAACUGUACAAUCGAAACGCGCGGUGACUACUUGCUGCGGGAGAUCUUCCUCGAGGAUCUCGACACGGUCCGCCCGACGGUAGCGACCGUUCGGGCUACGAAUUCCCUGCCGACAUCGCAACGCUAUCUGACGGAGCUAUCGGCGGAGCUGACCACCGCCUUGGACGACUGCAUACGGCACCAUCUGGUGGUGCUUCGAUACUGCGAACUCCUGGAGGACUGUUACCACCCGUACGUGCUGCUGAAAUUGUUUCACAUUGUCCUGCUACUGUGCUUUCUCGCCUUCAUGGCCACGGAAAGUUUGUCGACAAUGAAGCUAAUCAAUGUGCUCGAGUACUUCAUUUUGACUAUGUCGGAGCUCUAUCUGUACUGCUUCCUCGGGCAGAUCCUGCAGAACCAGGCCUUCAAGGUUGGCGAUGCCCUCUGGAACUCACCCUGGCAGCAGUGCGGGGCCCUGUACCGCCGCCGAAUGCUCAUCGUCCUGAUGAACGCCCAGCGGCCGGUCCGGCUGACGGGAAUGAAGCUGUACGAGCUGAACCUGGAAACCUACUACACCGUUCUAAAGGCGUCCUUUUCGUACUAUACGAUCAUCAAAAAGUUCCGCUAA